UCGCCAUGCACAAAUACAUAAAUUCUCAAUCGCACUUCCAUCUCCUUCUAUAUCUGACAUUUCCCGUAACAGCUCAGCUCAGGAGUUUCCAGCCACACAAGUUCUUCACCGUCCAUCGCUUUCACCAUACUCACUCGCCGCUAUCUCUUAUCAGCUCGACCCCUUCUCUCUAGAGCAACACUCUCCCAUAUCGGCUCAAACACCAGUAGCUCUCUUGUCAAGCACGUCCACAUAGAAGCCUUGAGAAUGCCCCGAAAGGUUCAGCCAGACGCCGAGUGGAACAGGCUCGCAGUCCAUAUGGACAUGUUCCAUUCUCAUUUCCGAAUGGAGUUUGCUCAGAUUUACGAACUGGCGGAUGGAAAGUAUGAGCAAGCUGGUAUGACCCUCUCUCGAUUCUUGCGCGAAGCCAAAUCACUCUCUUCGCAUCUCGAUCUGCACCACCGUAUCGAAGAAGCCCACAUCUUCCCUGUCCUAGCGAAGAAGAUGCCUCAGUUCCAAGCUGGCAAACGUGAAUCAGGCGAACACCUCCACAGCCACAAACUCAUCCACGACGGUCUGGAUCGAUAUGACGCUUUCCUUGCUGCUGCACUGGCCAAUCCCAAGUCGUAUGAUGGAGUCAAGCUAAGGGAGGUGCUGGAUAGUUUCAAGGAGGUGCUGUUCAGGCAUUUGGAUGAGGAGGUGAAGGAUCUUGGGGCGGAGAGUAUGAAGGCUGCCGGAUGGACGAUUGAGGAGGUGCGAAGAAUACCUAUGUGAUGUAUUCUUGUUCCGCUGGUAUUGUCGUCUCACAAGUCCUUUCACUACGACGACUAGGAAGGCGAUAGGUAUGGCAGGGUCAAACCCCGUUCUCCGAACCAGCAACCAGAGUCCCGAAAUCAUGAGCCGAGUUUGAAAAGGUUGGGGCUCACUCAUGGCUAUCGUCUCAAGCACCGCACCUCAUCCAAAGAAGUACCGACUUAGCGACACCGCCACGCCCGUUGAGACUGCCCGAUGCUCCUUCAAUAUGCGUUGAUGAUAAUCUGGAGUGGGUGUCCAAGAUGCUCUCGUUAUCACCACAAGGGUAGAUAUGCGUGUCUCUGAACCUGGACGAAUAGAUGCCAGCGGCCCUAUGGAAGAGGGGUUAGUGGGAUCCUGCCAACGUUGGAAAGUCUAUCAGCUUCCUCUAUUAGUUACUUCUCUCGAGAAUGGAACUGACAGCAAUGCGUAUUGCAUCUUCCUGCC